AUGGCAGACUCGAGACGUUUGGCAAGACUUUCCAAAGUCUUUGAUAGCGUUUGCUCUGGGAAAGCAUCCAUUAAGAAGGACAACGCUCGCCUUUUCCUUGAAGCAAUGUAUUCGCAAUCUGACGCUGUGAGCUGCGUGGAGCGCCUGUGCUCUCGCGAUCAGACUGGUCUCAGAGCCCUACAAGCUGCUCUAUUUUCCGAAGCUACGCCUGACUUCUUCAAUGAUCCCGUUAGCAAACUGUGCCUGUUCCUCUCCAGUCCCGCACUUUCCAAUAUUCAUGGAGGUAGUUAUCUGGGACGAGUCAUCAGACACGUGCUUUCUCCCACUGUGUUCUGGAACGCAAUUCUCAGCACGUUUAAGCAAGGCAGACUUAAUGCUGACGGCGAGGUCACGGUUGGCUGGUUCUUGGUCCAGGUUUUAACGGUCCCUCCCCCUGAGCUUGGUGACUGUGCAUAUUACCACGCCGCUACGGACGAUGCCGCCGUCAUCAAUCGCCUGUUAAAGUCAAAAUCUCCAGAAGCGCGUGCCCAUGGUCACAAAAUCAAACACCUCCGUGCAACACCUGACGCCGAUGAGGACGAGGCGGGGGGUCGUCACGAUAACGACCUUGCCAAUUUUCGAAAGAUCGCUAUUCUUCCUACUCCCGACGAGCUAGAGAGUGUUCAGCCCCCUUUUCUCCGGCCGGCAACUUACUUAAACAAUGACCAAGAUACCAAGGUUCAUCCCCAGACUCAUUUUGACAAUCAAUUUCGCCUACUUCGGGAAGACAUGCUUAGUGAAAUUCGUGAAGAAACCCAGAUCGCUUUGGGGAAGAAGAAAGGUUGGCAUCGGGGCCUGGCAGUCUCAGUCACCUUCGACGGACUGUUCAUUCCAGAUAGCGGAGAACGGGGGAAAAUAGGAGUGAAGCUUCUCUGCGAGACCGAUAUGUGGCAAUUUAAGAAGGUCGGCAAUGAUCCUAAGAAGAGGAAAGCCUAUCUCCAGGAAAACAAAAAUGUCGCUAAACACUUGUCCCUCACCUGCCUAAUAGUCGACGGCCACAUCCUAUCGUUCCCUACACUCUUUCGUGAGGAAGACCAACUUUCGAAGCACCCACCUGUUUUGGUUGUCGGAUUUGACAACGAAGAGGUCGCAGCGAAAACCUUCUUUGCUUUGAAGAAGAGCAAGAAUGUUAAACUGGUUUCUAUCAAUUGCGCCGUGUUCGCUUACGAGCCAAUCUUGGUGUCUCUUCAGCGAUUGCUCCCCUCCCAGCUCGUGUUAGAGGAAGAAAUUCUCCAUUGGUAUCCUGGAAGGCCGCUCCAGGAACCCGUUUCCUUUGCACCCGUCAGUCAUCUCAUUCAGCGUCUUCGACUCGAUCCUGGGUGCUUGAGGUCCGCCUUGUCUUUGGGUGCACCAGUGACCCUUGAUGUAUCUCAGCGGACUUCUUUCAUUGCGAGCCUUUCGCAGAGAUUGAGCUUGAUCCAAGGACCACCUGGAACGGGGAAGUCGUUUAUUGGUGCCCUGUUGGCAAAGGCCCUUUAUACCUACACCAAAGAGAGGAUUCUCGUUGUGUGUUACACCAAUCACGCGCUCGAUCAGUUUCUGGAAGAUCUCAUGAAAAUCGGGAUCCCAUCGGAACAGAUUGUGAGACUCGGAGGGAAAGCAAAUCCUGCAAUGGAUAAACUUAGUCUGUACGGUGAGGCGAGGAAGAAAUACAAGCGUACCCACGGAGAUUGGAACGACAUCAGAGAAGCAGAACGCAACGCUGAUAAUCUGAGGCAGUCAAUUCCCCGCGCGUUCCCCAAGGAGUGGGCCAAGAACUCAAUGCCAUCCAAUCAAACUCUGCUCGGGCUUUUGGAAUUUGAGGACCCGGAGUACUAUCAGGCGUUCUGUAUUCCUUCCAGCGAUGACGGAAUGCAAAUGGUUGCUAGGGGGAAGGCAAUUGACCGCUAUUACUUGCUUAAACAAUGGAGGGCCGGAAAGGGUGCAGGGGUGCUAGCGUCUCAUCCUCAUAUCAAAUCUCAUCGUCGAGUCUGGAGUCUCCCGGCCCCCCAGCGACAAGGGAUUUUGUCCAAGUGGUUCGACACAUUGCUUGAGGAAGAAGUUCAGCGGCUCAGCAAGAUGGUUGUUCAACACAAUAAGGAAAUGGAUAGGAAGGAGGCCGUGUUUUCACGGGGGCACGCAGCCGUUUUGAACGCAAAACGGAUCAUCGCAGCGACUACGACGGGUGCUGCGAAAUAUCGAGACGACAUCAAGGCUUCGUCUCCGGAUGUGCUACUCGUGGAAGAGGCGGGAGAAAUUCUUGAGAGUCACAUCAUCAGUGCGAUCGGUGGGUCGAUACAUCAAGCAAUCUUGAUUGGCGACCAUAAGCAGUUACGGCCAAAAGUGAAUGAUUACAAAUUGACCGUGGAGAAGGGGGAAGGGUACGAUCUGAAUAGAUCGUUAUUCGAACGUCUUGUUCUCAAGGGCUACCCCCAUCAUACACUUCAGGCGCAACACCGCAUGCGUCCGGAAAUAUCACGUUUUGUUCGCGAAAUGACUUACCCUAAUCUCUUAGACGCACCGAAAACAUCAGGACGUGCUGAUGUUCGAGGUCUCCAGGCAAACGUAGUUUUCAUUGAUCAUCACUAUCCCGAGGACGUCCAAAACCAAAACGAGGAUCGUAGCAAGGCCAACUCCUUCGAGGCUGACAUGGUCUUGAGAAUCGUCAAGUAUCUUGGUCAACAAGGUUACGGGACAGAUAACCUUGUCAUUCUGACCCCAUACUUGGGGCAAUUGAGCUUGCUACGAAACAUGUUGUCGAAGACUCAUGACCCUGUAUUAAACGAUCUUGACUCAUAUGAUCUCGUUAAAGCUGGUCUGGUGCCUGAAGCGACGGCGAAGGCGGCGAAGAAGCAGAUUCGUCUCGCCACAAUUGAUAAUUACCAAGGAGAAGAAAGUGAAAUUGUUGUCGCAAGUUUGACCCGAAGCAAUGACGAGCAUGAUAUUGGAUUCAUGUCUUCACCGGAACGACUGAACGUCCUCCUCUCUCGCGCUCGCGAUGGAUUGAUCAUAAUUGGCAACUCGAGUACAUUCUGGCAUUCCCGCAAGGGAUCGAAAACAUGGGAGCCGUUUUUCCAGCUCCUGCGGGAAGGGAACUGCAUGUAUGAUGGUUUGCCGGUGUUGUGUCCCCGUCACCCAGAUCGGACAUCCUUACUUCGCUCACCUGGGGACUUUGAGACACACGCACCUGAGGGCGGAUGUCUGGAGCCAUGCGGGGAAAUUCUGAAUUGCGGGAUUCACCCUUGCCCCUCAAAAUGUCACCAGUUAGUUGACCACUCCAAGAUCAAGUGUAAAAUGAAGGUUGUCACAAAGUGUGCGAACGGUCACAAGAUUCACAAAGAAUGCCAAGACAAAAAUGCAAACGCAAACUGUUCUUCCUGCAAGCGCGAGAAGAAGGAGGCAGAAGAAGCCGCCAGGCGGGCUGCUGAGCAAGCCGCUCAUGAGGAGAAGAUGGCUGAGCUUGAUGCUGAGCUCGAACGACAGGUCAGAGCCGAAGGGGAUCGGAAAGCUGCCCAAGGAAGAGCUGCAGCUUUGGAACAGAGACGAUGGGAUAUACAGGAAGCCUCAUCUCGCAGUCAGCCACCUGCGACGGAGCCACCUGCACCGGAGCCACCUGCAGCUCCAGUCGCUUUCCCAACGAAUCUAUUUAACCUGGGAGGCCCUAUCUCCAUUAUUUCUUCGAUAGCACCAGUGUCCAUUUUCGGGUCCAAGCCAAGUUCGGUGAAUAGCAAUGAAUCCAGCGCCAGUGUCGUACGCUCUGCAUGCCAGCAGGAAUGGGAACGCCAGAAAAGCAUCGAGGGGGCCAAGAACCCGCAUAUCGAUGAGAUCAUGGGCAUGGUCGGGUUGGAAAGAGUUAAAGAACACGUACUUGACCUCAAAGCGGAGUUGGAAGUAAGCUUGCGACAGGGCAUCUCAAUGGAGAAGAAAAAUCUUAACGCCGCCUUUUUGGGCAACCCCGGAACUGGAAAGACAACAAUUGCUAGAUUAUAUUCCAAGUUCCUAUCCUCCAUGAAAAUCCUCCCUGGGACUCAUUUCGUUGAAACUUCAGGCUCAAGUUUAGCCCAUGAAGGUAUUCCUGGGCUGAAGAAGGCGAUCGACGAGGUCCUGAAGGCAGGAGGCGGUACAAUUUUCGUUGAUGAGGCCUACCAGCUCACAAGUGCUCAUAAUCCGGGCGGACGUGCUGUUCUUGAUAACCUCCUCACUCUGAUGCUGGAUAAUAUCGGCAAGAUCGUUUUCUUGUUUGCUGGAUAUAAAUCUAAUAUGGAGAAGUUCUUCGAGGCUAACCCCGGCUUGCCAUCUCGCAUUCCAUGUUCGAUACUCUUUGAAGAUUAUGAAGAUAACGAACUAGUUCGAAUCUUCAUCCACGAAGUUUCUAAGAGGUAUUCGGGGAGAAUGUCUGUCGAAGGAGGGAACGCUGGACUUUAUGUCCGUAUCGCCAUCCGGAGGCUCGCAGCAGCGCGGGGAAGGGAUGGGUUUGGGAAUGCCCGAGCCGUCACCACCUUGCUUGAUCGAAUCAAGCAGCGCCAAGCCGAGCGCAUCACACGCGAGCGACGCGAAGGUAACCGCCCCGACGACUUUCUGUUCACACAAACCGAUCUCAUUGGUCCGAGGCCUGAUGCGGCUGUAAAAAUUAGCAAGGCAUGGAAAAAACUACAGGACUUAAUUGGUUUGGCAGAUGUCAAGGCGACGCUCCAAAGCCUCAUUGACAUCAUUCAAACUAACUAUGAACGCGAACUUGCGGAGAAAUCAUUGGUCCAAACAUCCUUACAUCGUGUCUUCCUAGGUAAUCCUGGGACGGGGAAGACUACAGUCGCCAACCUCUACGGUCAGGUCCUGGCGGACCUGGGGAUGUUAUCCAAUGGAGAAGGCAAGUACACUCGGACGCCGGCUGACUUCAUCGGCGAUGUGGUUGGAGCAUCCGAGGCGAAAACCAAAGGUAUCCUGGAAAAUAGUCGGGGGAAGGUGCUCGUCAUUGACGAAGCAUAUGGUCUGUAUGACAACGCUGGAGGGUCUAAUGGCUACAAGACGGCAGUAAUUGAUACCAUCGUGGCCGAAAUACAGCCAAAUCCUGGAGAGGAUCGCUGUGUGUUGAUGCUAGGCUACAAGGAACAAAUGCAGGAAAUGUUUCAGCAUGUCAAUCCCGGGCUCUCGCGUCGCUUUGCAAUUGAAGAUGCAUUCGUUUUCUCCGACUUUACGAGGGAUGAACUUGCACGGAUUCUAGAUCUUAAGCUGAAAGACCAAGACCUGGAUGCGACCCUGAAAGCGAGGUCGGUGGCCCUUGAGGUGCUAGAUCGUUCCAGAGUUCGCCCUCACUUCGGAAACGCUGGAGAAGUCGAUAAUAUGCUUGGGAAGGCCAAACUGCAUUAUCAAAAUCGACAGUCUCGGCUCAAGCUCUCUGAGCGUCCAAUCGAUAUUGUCCUCAAACCGGAAGACAUCGACCCUGACUUCGACCGCUCGCACAGUGCGGAGAAAAGCCUAGAGGUUCUGUUCCGAGAUAUGGUCGGUGCAGAUGUUGCUGUGCAGAAGCUUCGAGAAGUCCAACGUAUUUGUCAACUGACAAGAAGUAGAGGGAAAGAUCCCCGCACGGAGGUGCCGACAUCCUUUAUUUUUAAAGGUCCUCCAGAUACGGCUAACUACUUCAUUCAUGGUUUAGGGACAGGAAAGACCAGCGUCGCGCGGAAAGUAGGAAAAGUUUACUACGACAUGGGGUUUCUCUCGUCUUCUGAGGUCAUUGAGUGCUCAGCAUCGGACUUAGUUGGUCAAUACGUGGGACAAACUGCGCCUAAAACGCGGGACAUGUUUGAUAAGGCAUUGGGGAAGGUUCUCUUCAUUGACGAGGCUUACCGGCUAGGCGAGGGGCCGUUCGCGCGAGAAGCCAUCGACGAGAUGGUAGAUUGUCUAACGAAAGAGAAGUAUCAAGGACGGUUAAUCGUCAUACUCGCCGGAUAUGAACACGACAUCAAUACCCUACUGGGUGUGAAUGCCGGUUUAGCAAGCCGCAUAACAGACGAGAUCCCAUUUUACCCUUUAUCACCAGAGAAAUGUGCUGAACUGCUUUUCGGGGAGCUUAAGGCAGGCCAAGUUGAAAUCCACUCCCCAUCCGAUACCGACGGGACAUUGCAACUAAUCGACCGUUUCUCCGCCUUGGCAUCUUUGCCUCAGUGGGGUAACGCUCGUGAUGUCAAAACGCUAUCGAAGCGCGUCAGAUCCAAAGCGUUGCUGGAAUCGGAGGGGACUCCAGGCGCUCAAAGCUUGGAGAUACCUUUGUCCACAGUUAUUAUUCUCAUGGACGAAAUGCUGAGCUCAAUGGUUUCUCGGUCUCAAGACAGGGUUCCCCAUAGUACCACACCUUCAAUCCAACCUCCCGCGCCCUUGUCUAGAGAUCCGCCGCCGCCGCGGCGUUACGACUCCGCUUCUAGAGAGACAGAAGUCAUCCAGUCAGUGCCUUCGGUUCGCAGCGCAUCAAAGCUCGUAAACACCGAUACCGACGUCCGAGAGAGGGAUCCUGGAGUCAGCGAUGCCAUUUGGGCUCAGCUGAUGCGAGAUAGACAAGCGGCUGCCGAACGAGAAACGGCACUUCGCGACCUGGAGGAAAAGCAAUUGAAGGACGAAGAGGAUGCACGAAAGCUUGAAGCAAGGGCGAUAAAGGCAGUAAAUCGUGUAACGGAAAAUCAAGACUCUCAGAAGGCCAAAGCCUUGGAAGACGCGACUCGUCGUCGUGCAGAGCAACUUCGGCUUGAGGCGAUUGCCAGGCGAGCUAAGAUCGCUGAGUCGGAAUCUGCUCUCAAGAAGAUGCGUGAGGAGGCACAGAAGGAAAGCAAGGUGCAACAUAAACUGCGCCAAAUGGGCGUGUGUGUCGCCGGUUUCCGUUGGAUUAAGCAGAACGGUGGCUACCGUUGCGCGGGUGGGAGUCAUUGGGUUAGUGAUUCGCAAUUGGGGAUGUAA